GAAUUCACCACGAUUGUACUACUAUUACACCACGAUGCAAACCAAUCGUCAAAUUUGCAAAACUUCACAAUUUCUUUUAGUUCUGUGAAUUUGUACAAUUUCUGUUCCGAAAUACUUGUGCUAUUAUACUCGAUUUUAUUGAAUUGGUCGUUAUGUUCAUAAAAUGUAAUAAUAAUUUGAUUAAACAAGAAAAAUAAGAUUUGCACGGAAAAGUAAGCGUUGGAGUUUUGUGAAAAAUCUAUAACAUAUUGGCGUUUUGUAGGCUGGAGUUUCGGAGGGCGGAUAUUAUUUAGUAAUAUGGUAUUUAUAAAAGAUAUAUUGUAAAUUAUAUGGCCUCCAAAAUAUCAAGGGAUUCACAUGUACAAAAAACCUAUAGUGCUGAUCACAGAAUAUAUAUAUAUAUAUAUAUAUAUAUGUGUUUUAUAAUUUUGGCGAAUAAUAUGAGUAUAUGAGUGCAUGUAUGUGUGUAUUUACUUAUAUUACAAAUUACUACCGUUAGAAGAAAUUAGCAAUGUCUCACACUUAAAUUCAGAGAAUUCUAUGGCCGGAUGUAGUGAAUCGUUCUGUAAAUUAGCCGAUUUCUUUAUUGUGGAAAGUUAGCUAAUAUCUUACCACCGGAAAAAAUAAAAAAUUGGCCGAACAGGAUAUAUAUACCCAUCUAAAGUCUUAUUAAAAAUGGCAAUGUCAAAGGUCAUGCGGGUACUGGAAAAGUCUAUUCCACCAUCACCCUACAGCGUUCUUUUAGAGCAUCGAAAUAAAAGUGAUAGCAUUCUUUUUGAAUCUCAUGCGGUUGCUUUGCUCUCCACUCAGGAAACUGAUGUAAUACGAAAGCAGUAUACAAAAUUAUGUGAUGCUUACGGUUGCCUUGGUGUUCUGCAACUAAAUGCUGGAGAAAGUACUGUUUUGUUUCUAGUGCUUGUCACUGGCUGUGUUUCAAUGGGAAAAAUCUGUGAUGUUGAAGUUUUUCGAAUUACGCAGACACAAUUCGUGGCUUUGCAAAAUGCAGCUCCGAAUGAAGACAAAAUAUCAGAGUGCCGCAAGCUGUUGAACUCGGGAACUUUUUACUUUGCACAUUCGAAUCUUUCGAUGAUCAGUAGUUUACAAAAGUUUGAUAUAACAUUAUGUGCUCAACGGAGACAAAAAAUAUCUGAGACUGACAAUCGUUUCUUUUGGAAUCGAAUGAUGCACAUACAUUUGCUCCGUUUCGGUGUAGAUUGUCAAUCAUGGCUUCUGAAGGCAAUGUGUGGUUCUGUGGAAGUUCGCACAGUGUAUGUUGGAGCUAAACAGGCUCGCGCCGCUAUCAUAUCUCGGUUAAGUUGCGAGCGUGCCGGCACUCGAUUUAACGUUCGAGGCACCAACGAUGAGGGGCAUGUUGCUAACUUUGUUGAGACCGAGCAGGUUAUAUAUGUGGAUAGUGAUGUGACUAGUUAUAUUCAAACACGUGGAUCUGUUCCUCUUUUUUGGGAACAACCGGGUGUACAAGUUGGCUCACACAAAGUGAAAUUAUCACGAGGCUUUGAGGCUUCUGCGGCAGCAUUUGAUCGACAUAUGGUGAUGAUGAAGCAACGUUACGGGUAUCAGGCGAUUAUAAACCUUUUGGGCACAUCGAUGAUUGGUAGUAAGGAAGGUGAGGCAAUGUUAAGCAAUGAAUUCCAAAAACACCAUAAUAUGUCAACCCACAAAGACGUUUCACAUAUUAUAUUUGAUUAUCAUCAAGAGUGCCGAGGUGGUAAUUUUGGUGCGCUUUUGAAACUGAAAGAGCGUUUGGGAGUUUGUGGUGUAAACUAUGGAUUUUUCCAUGCUUCCCAAGGGCAAGCAUUACGUGAACAAUUUGGUGUUAUUCGCACUAAUUGCCUCGAUUGUUUGGACCGCACCAAUUGCGUGCAAACGUUCUUGGGCUUAGACAUGCUUAGUCAACAAAUUGAAGCUUUAAAAUUGGGGGAGAAAAAACAAAAUUUCUCCAGAUUUGAAGAAAUAUUUCGGCAAAUGUGGGUAAACAAUGGCAAUGAAGUUAGUAAAAUCUAUGCAGGUACUGGAGCUAUACAAGGUGGCUCCAAACUAAUGGAUGGGGCGCGAUCAGCUGCUCGUACAAUACAGAAUAAUUUGUUAGAUAAUUCAAAACAGGAAGCAAUUGAUAUUUUAUUACUCGGAUCAACACUAUCGUCAGAAUUAGCUGAUAGAGCUCGAAUAUUAUUGCCAUCGAAUAUGCUGCAUGCGCCAACUACAGUUUUAAGGGAAAUGUGUAAACGCUUUGCUGAGUAUGUAGCUCCCCGUACCUGUCGCGUCGCAGUUGGUACCUACAAUGUAAAUGGUGGUAAACAUUUUAGAAGCAUUGUUUUUAAGGACUCAUUGUCUGAUUGGUUACUUGAUUGCCAUGCAUUGGCACGAGCUAAGGCUCUAGUCAACGUGAAUAAUCCAUCGGAGAACGCCUGCGAUCCGGUUGAUAUAUAUGCGAUUGGUUUUCAAGAGAUCGUUGACUUGAAUGCCUCUAACAUUGUUGCUGCCAGCACAGAUAAUGCCAAAUUGUGGGCAGAGGAAUUGCAAAAGACUAUUUCUCGAGAUAAUGAUUAUGUGCUUCUCACAUAUCAACAACUAGUAGGUGUGUGUUUAUAUAUAUAUGUUCGACCGGAGCAUGCGCCAUUUAUUCGUGAUGUUGCAAUUGAUUGUGUUAAAACGGGACUAGGGGGCACCACUGGAAAUAAGGGAGCAUGUGCGAUACGUUUUGUUUUACAUGGAAGUUCGAUGUGCUUCGUCUGUGCUCAUUUUGCUGCUGGUCAAUCACAGGUUGCUGAGCGUAACGCUGAUUAUGCUGAAAUAACAAGAAAGUUGGCGUUUCCAAUGGGACGUACUCUCAAGUCGCAUGAUUGGGUGUUUUGGUGUGGUGAUUUUAAUUAUAGAAUCGACAUGGAAAAGGAUGAUUUGAAAGAAGCUAUACAGAACGAAGAUCUCACAUCUGUACUGCUGAAUGAUCAGCUGCGUAAGGAGCAAGAAGCAGGCAAUGUUUUCAGCGAUUUUCUCGAAGGAGAAAUUAGUUUCGAUCCUACGUAUAAAUAUGAUUUGUUUAGUGAUGAAUAUGAUACGUCAGAAAAACAACGUGCACCUGCUUGGACUGAUCGUGUAUUAUGGCGUCGACGCAAAGCUUUGGCAGCAGAAACAGAUGUCAAUAGUGUUGAAUGGAAUCCAGGUAGACUUAUUCAUUAUGGUCGUUCAGAGUUGAAGCAAAGUGACCACCGCCCAGUUAUUGCUAUUAUUGAUGCAGAAAUUGUGGAAAUUGAUUCACAGCGUCGACGAGAGGUUUUUGAACAGGUCAUAAGAGACUUGGGUCCACCUGAUUCUACCAUUGUUGUGCACGUCAAAGAGGAUGGCGUUUAUGACGACGGGCCGACUAUCUAUGAUGAAGCAGUCAUGUCUACGCUUAUUCAGGAAUUGUCGAAGUUAGGCGAAGUCACUUUGGUUCGAUAUGUAGAGGACACAAUGUGGGUAACAUUUCGAGAUGGUGAAUCAGCAUUACAUGCGAGCAAUAAAAAAAAUAUUCGCAUUUGUGGUUUGGAGCUACAACUUCAACUAAAGACUGCAAAUUGGCAACCAUUAGUUGACAAUGAAAUUGAGUUGUGCACAACAAACACUAUACCCCUAUGUUCGAAUCCGCAAGAACAAGCACAGUUAUUCAGUAGUUCACCUGACAUUCCGAGGCGUCCCAAACAGCCUCCUGGGCGACCAGCACCAGCUCGCCCACCUAUGCCACUGUCACCUAAAAGUUCGCCUCGUCAUCAACCACACGUUGGAGUUAUUAGUGUCGUCCCUGAUAUGCUGCAAUCUAAACUCUCCAAACCCUUAAUGACACAACCCUUACAGCCCCUACCAAUUUUGUCUCAAAUCAAUCAAAAGAACACUAAAACAGCUAGCAAUGAAAUUUCGCCAGUUGAGUUGACUGAUGGACAAUUCCCGCCCACUCCUCCAAGGCAAAGCAAAAAUUCUACACCAGUAUCCACACCAAUACGUCAACCGAAACAAGAAGGUACUUCAACUUUUUACGAUGGUAGUGCUAACAUAUAUGAAGAAAUACAAGAAGAAAUUCCAGCGCCUAGACAUCCACCACCUCCAUUUCCAUCAACUACAAACCAAGAAAUUGCUCCCAUUGCUUCUGUUGAAAGUCCUCGCAGACAAGUAGUAGUAACACAUCCGACACCAAUAGGUCCCCCACCACCUUUGCCGGCGCGGCGCGGACCUCCACCUAUACCCAAUCGCAGUGGAAAUGCACCACCACUUCCUACUCGACCAGGCAAUAACAAUUAAAGUACUCAUUUCAACACCGCGCGUUUGUACUUCUUUCCUGUGUUAUUGUAAUAAUUGUUGCGAAAAUGUAGUUAAUGCCUAAAUACUAGCUUUGGGUCAUUAAUGGAUUUACUUCAAUAGCAUACAAACUAAGAAAAGUGUUAUAUCUUCAACUUCUAUGAGAACCUGGCAGUGCUAUUUUACGAAUCUCUUCACAAUGAAAAAAUUCGAAAAGGAAGAAUACUUUUAUGCCAAAUAAAUAAAAAUAUAAAGAAAAAAUUAAAAAAUUAUUAAUACGUAUUUAUUUUCCUAUUACAUUAGUAAAACUUUUAGGUAACUAUGUAUGUAUAAUGUGUUUAAACCGACAAAUUAUUAUUUUCAAGUGGUGCUGCUGGAGUUUCUAAAUUGAGUGUAAAACCAUAAAUAUUAUGAUAUUUAUAUCUAAGUUUUGAAUUUUAUUAGUUUUUUAUUAUCAUAGUUUAUCUUUAUUAGAAAUAGACUGGUAUAUAAAAGCUGACAUUCCGUAAUAAAGGUUAAUUUACCGGCUAAACCUUUAAAAAAGUAUGAUAUUUCCUAUCCAAAAAUUUAGCAUUUAGCCAUUAAGCUAAAACUAGUCAAAGAAGCUCAAUAACACUUUUUAAAAAGGUAUUAAUAAUUAAAAAUGCUAUUUAAUGAAACAAAUUUAGAUAUAUUUAUACUAAGUUUGCUUAAUUGUUAAAUAAAAUAAAAUUGUAUUCAAUUAAGUUAAACCAAGUAACAAAGUUAAAUAACAUAAUACAAAUGCGUUUAUGUUAAUAUUGUUGAAAGUAUUUUAUAGUAUAAAUAAAUAUUAACAAUGUAUGGCAAAUAUGCAAGUCAGGAAGUUAUUGUUGCUACUAGUAAAAUCCACUAUUUAUAACAUAUAGAUCUAAGUGUGUGAACAAUCCUGAGGCUUAAUUUAGCAUGAUAUUUGUGCAUUGUAAUGACAUCUAAAAUCAUUGCUUGUUUUUGGUUGAAAUUUAUAGGCGAAAGCCCAUGCACAUUCGAAAAAGUUAAUUACAAUACCUAUAAAUGUUACAUUGUAAAAACACAUAUAAAUAUUAAUAAAACUAUAAUAAAUUAAUAUACUACAA